UGAGUGCAGCUGGUGAAUUACUAUGCGAACUGCACUACACAGAAGAUUUAACUCGGUCUUCUAGCAUGGGAAACCCCUGGCACUUACAAUACACUUUAAUUUUGCUCUGUAUUUCAGUGCUGAAUACCACAGGGAUCAAGCAAAGACCAAGAGGUGGCUUGAGGACAUGGGAUCCUGAAACAGCUUACCUCACCAGAUGUGAUUUUAACAAUAACUCAAGGCCAUUCUGUGACUGGACUCAGCCUUGCAAUGUCAACCAGGGAGUGUGGAUACGAACCAAGCAUGACACUCCAACUGAUGGAACAGGUCCUGAUGGAGACUAUCCUGAUGGAAAAGGCUAUUUCAUCUACCAAGAAGCAAGUAAUCUGAUCCCCUUCGACACUAACAGGCUAGAGAGCCCAGAUACUGUAGUUUCUGGGAAAAUAUGCAUAGACUUCUGGUACUACAUGUUUGGAUCAGAAGAGAUGAAUGAGCUGAGAGUGCUUGUCCAGGAUGGCACAGGGGAGUCUGUGGUGUGGCAUAGGAAGGGAAACCAGAGUUCCUUGUGGAAAUAUGGUGCCAUCACUCACACUUUUCCAACACAGAGAAAGAUAAAGGUAAUUUUUGAGGCUGUCCGAGGACUGACAGAGUUUGGGGAUACAGCGCUGGACAAUGUGAGAGUAAGGGAUGGACCCUGUGAAGCUGUCCCUACACCUGUACCACCAAUACCUACACCAACAGAACCUACACCACUUCCAGUGACAGAAGCUAUUUGCAGUAUACAUGGAGAUCCCCACUACAACACCUUUGACAAGCAGCGUCAUGACUUCAUGGGCACCUGUACCUACACCCUUUCCAAGCUGUGUGAGACCAACAGCUCCUUGCCCUACUUCAAUGUGGAAGCAGCCAAUGAGCACAGGGGAGGCAACACCCGUGUGUCCUAUGUCCAGUACGUGGAUAUUGAUGUCUAUGGCUACAGGAUCAACCUUGGUCAAAAAAGAGCUGUUAAGGUCAAUGGAGUCAUCCAGGUGAUCCCUGUGACCGUGGUCCCAGGUGUCAGUAUUUUCUUCAGUGGGCAGUAUGUUGUGGUUACUACUGACUUCGGGCUGCAAGUCAAGUUUGAUGGAAAUCACAGAGCAGAAAUCACUCUUCCCAGUACCUAUAUGUCUAAAGUCUGUGGAAUAUGUGGAAAUUACAAUGGGCAAAAAACAGAUGAUUUUCUCAACCCAGAUGGAGAGAUGGAAGCAAACUCAACCAGCCUUGGCAACAGUUGGCAAGUUUACAAUGACUCCAGGUGUUCACCAGAUGAUGGCCAUACUCCAAACUGCACUGAUAAUGAAAAGCACAUGAUCCAAAGCAACGCAUACUGUGGUCUGAUCACAGAUCCAAAUGGUCCAUUCCAGAACUGCCACUCAGUAGUUGAUCCACAGAGUUAUUUUGAAGAUUGCCAGUAUGAUCUCUGUGAACUUCACUUGAACAAUGCAGCCCUCUGUGAAAGCCUACAGGCUUAUGCAGACGUGUGCCAAACUGCAGGAGUCCAGCUGGAACCAUGGAGAAACACAACCUUUUGCCCAAUGACCUGCCAAGCCAACAGUCACUAUGAGCCCUGUGCUGCAGCCUGCCCUGCCACCUGUGUUGACCCGAUGGCUCCCCACAGCUGCAGCCUGCCGUGCGUGGAGGGCUGUGUGUGCGACAGCGGGUUCCUGCUCUACAAUGACCGCUGCGUGCCCAGCCAGCAGUGCGGGUGCUGGCACAACGGGCAGCACUACCCCGUGGGCUCCGAGUUCUGGACGGACGACACCUGCUCCUCCAAGUGCACGUGUCCUGCACGGGGAAGCAAAGUCCAGUGCUUCAAUGCCUCCUGCCCUGCGGGCCAGUACUGCGGGGUGCAGGACGGGAAACCUGUGUGCCUCGAACACUCCUACGGCAUCUGCCACGUCCACGGGGACCCCCACUACAAAACCUUUGACAGGGUGACGCACAACUUCAUGGGCAACUGCACCUACACCCUGGCCAAAGUGUGCUCCAACACCACCUCCCUGCCCUACUUCAAUGUGGAGGCCAAGAACGAGCACCGUGGCAACACCCGAGUGUCCUACGUGCGCGAAGUCGUGGUUGAGGUGCACGGACAGCGCAUUGUCAUCCUCAAGAAGCAGGAGAGCCACGUGCUGGUGAACAACGUGCGCCAGACGUUGCCGGUGAGCGCAGCGGGAGGGGACAUCACGGUGAGCAAGAGUGGUCGCUACAUCGUCCUGGAGACAGACUUCAACCUCCGAGUGUCCUACGACACUGACCACUCGGUGGAGGUGAAGGUGCCCACCACCUACUUCAACCUGACCUGUGGCAUGUGUGGCAACUUCAACAACCGCAGAGACGACGAGUACACGAUGCCCAACGGGCAGCAAGCCACAGACUCCAAUGCGCUGGGGGAGAGCUGGCAGGUCCCAGACAGUGACCCCUCCUGCGGUGUCCCUGUCCCCUCCCCACCCUGCAGUGCAGAAGAGGAGAAGCUCUACCGCUCCGACCAGUUCUGUGGCAUGCUGACCACCAGGCCUAGCGCUUUUGAGAGGUGCCAUGGUGUGAUCAACCCCCAGGACUACUUUGACACCUGCUUGUACGACCUGUGUGCCCUGAAUGGUGGCCAGGAGUUCCUGUGUGCUGCUCUGGAGGCCUAUGCUGAUGCUUGCCAGGCAGCUGGUGUGACUCUUCUUCCCUGGAGGAAUGCUACCUUCUGCCCCCUGCAGUGUCCCCCCAACAGCUACUAUGACCCCUGCAUGACCGGCUGUCCUGCCACCUGUGCUGACCAACAAGCCCCACAGAACUGCUCCAAGCCUUGUGUGGAGGGCUGUGCGUGUAGCUCUGGCUUCCUCCUGAGUGGAGACGCCUGUGUGCCCGAGGCCAACUGUGGCUGCCUCUUUGAGGGCAACUACUAUACUGAAGGCGAAUCCUUCGUGAAUGAGAACUGCACUCGCCGGUGCCGGUGCGAAGCCAAAGGCCAGAUGGUUUGCUCUGCCUUGUCCUGUGGCGAGGACGAGGUCUGCAAGAUCCAGGAUGGCCAGAGGGGCUGUUACCCAGCCAGCACUGCCGUCUGCCACAUCUACGGUGACCCACAUUACAGCACCUUUGAUGGGAAGCUCCAUCACUUCCAGGGCUCCUGCAACUACACAGUGGUGACGGGCUGUGACAAUUCCUCCGUUGGCUUCAGUGUCACCACCCGCAACAAACAUCGCAGCAGCCGGAGCUGGACAGCUCUGAACUCUGUGGCACUGUCCCUCAAGGGCCUCCACAUUGCACUGCGCGAGCACAAGGCAGUCUACAUCAAUGGUGCUCUGGUCUCCCUGCCUGCUUCUCCUGCCCCCGGUGUGACCGUUUCCCUGAGCGGCUCCUACGUGCGGGUUGCUACCAAGCUGGGCCUGCAGCUGCAGUUCAAUGGGGACCAUGAGCUCCUAGUGAAGGUGUCGGAGAAGUACAAGGGCAAGCUCUGUGGGCUGUGUGGGACGUACACUGGGAGCCAGCAGGAUGACUUCAUGCGACCCGAUGGGGUGGUUGUACCCGACUUCAACGACUUUGGAGCCAGCUGGAUGGUGCCGGAUGAUGAGUGGCUGUGUGACCCAACCAUCAGCCCACCUCCAUCCUGCUCCCCUGCUGAAGAGGAGGCAGCUAACAAGCAGUGUUCAAUCCUCACACACCUCGGUGGCCCGUUCCAGCCAUGCCAUGCAGUUCUGCCACCCAAGACAUACUUGGAGAGCUGUGUCUAUGACCAGUGUGCCACGGGUGGCAGCACGGAGCAGCUCUGCAAUGACCUGGGGGCCUAUGCUGCAGCUUGUGCUGAGGCAGGUGUUGCUCUGGGAGACUGGAGUGCUGGCACUGUCUGUGCUCCUACAACCUCGCCCCCCUUGCCAGGCACUACAACGCAGCCUCCACAUACAACAACAUCACCUGGGACAAGCACAGCUCCACCAACAGAGUGCAAUUUUGCCUGCACAUUCGACAAGGACUUCUGUGGGUGGGUCCAGGAAGAUUACAGCAGCAUUGACUGGAUAAGGAACAAAGGCCCCACACCCACGCCAAACACCGGCCCAUCCUCUGACCACACAACAGGAGAUGGCUACUACAUCUUCCUGCAAGGGAGUGAUGAUACUCUCCCUGGCUUUGUGGCUCACCUGGUCAGCCCGGUGUGCAGCUGGGAAGGAACACUCUGCUUCCGCUUCUGGUACCACAUGUAUGGAAGUGCUAAAUCAAUGGCCCUGCGGGUGUACGUGCGGGAGGACGAUGAGCCAGUGCUGGUCUGGCAAGAAGUUGGGAACCAUGGGGACAGGUGGCACUUGGGAGAGGUCACGGUGCACACCACGGGAAACAGGCAGAUUUUGCUGGAGGGAGAAUGGGGUGAAGAUGUGAGGAGCAACAUAGCAUUGGAUGAUGUCUCCGUUGAAAAGGGAUCCUGUGCAGGUCCAUCGACACCAACACCCACGGUGCCCUUGCCAGGUACCACAAUGCAGCCUGUAGUCACCACCUCACCAACAAGACCCACUCCAAGCUCAGGUCGUGCUUCCUGCAGCGCUUCUGGGGACCCACAUUACAACACUUUCGACCACAAGGUUCAUAAUUUCAUGGGAAAUUGCACUUACACCCUCUCCAAAGUGUGCACGGUCUCUGAGAGUCUUCCAUACUUUGAUGUGUCCACAACAAAUGAGCACAGAGGAGCCAACACCAAAGUCUCCUACGUGAAGUCAGUGCACGUGGAAGUCUAUGACAAUCAGAUUUCUCUGCUGAAAAACAAGAAAGUGAAUGUGAAUGGUCGCAGAAUGAACUUGCCUGUAUUUAUCAAAAAGAAGAUCAGUAUUCAAAGCAGUGGUGGAUAUGUUCUCUUGGAAACUGACUUUGGACUGUGGGUGAGAUAUGAUGGAAAUCAUUAUGCAGAAGUCUCUGUGCCCUCUAAUUACAGUGGUCUGCUCUGUGGCCUAUGUGGUAAUUAUAAUGGUGAUCCAAAUGAUGACAAUAUCAAGCCCAAUGGUGACAUUGCAAGCGGUUCCACUGAUCUUGGAGAAAGCUGGCUGGUGCCUGAGAAUAACACCAUAUGCUUCAGUGGUGGGACAGAAGAGCAAUGUGAUCCUGUGUUGGAGAGUGAAGCAAAGAAAAACACAGCAUGUGGCAUGAUCACAGACCCAACAGGAAUCUUCAAGGACUGUCACACAAAGGUGCCUCCACAGAAUUUCUUUGAAAACUGUGUUUAUGACAUGUGUUUCACUGGGGGACAGGCAACAUCCUUAUGCUAUGGACUCCAGGCCUACGCUGAGCUGUGUGUCAAUGCUGGGAUAUGCAUAGAAUGGAGGAAUGCUACUCUUUGCCCAAUGUCCUGUCCUGGAGGCAGCAUCUACAAGAGCUGUGGUACUAGGUGUCCUUCUACCUGUUUGAACAACUCAGAAGUUGAUUCCUGCAGUCCUUUGCCAGUGGAAGGUUGCUUCUGUAAGGAAGGCUAUGUUUUGAGUGGAGACACAUGUGUUCCAGAAAGCAACUGUGGUUGUGUUGAUGGAAACAACCAGUACCACCAGCUGAAUGAAAGCUGGUUCACUCAUUACCCCUGCACUGAGCGUUGCACCUGCAAGGCAAAUAACAUCAUUGAGUGCCAGGCUUGGGAGUGUGGAGUCCAAGAGGAGUGCAGUAUUCAGGAUGGUGUGCUGGGCUGUCAUUCCAAUGGCCAAGCAACAUGUCAAGUGGUAGGAGAUCCCCAUUAUUUUACUUUUGAUGGAAUGAAGUACACUUUUGUGGGAACCUGCACCUACACCUUGGUUGAGGUUGUCAACACUGCCACCAAUGUCAUUCCUAUAACCAUACUUGGCAAGAAUGAAGACAGAGGACUAAGAGGGGCCACAUACCUGAAAGAAGUCUACAUAGAUGUGCAUGGUGUACGAAUCACCCUUCAGAAAAACCAAGGAAUCCUGCUGAACAAUGAGAGAGUCUACACUCCAGUACAGAAACAGCUGCAAGGCGUGUCUAUUGGAAAUGUUGGCAGAUUUAUAGUAGUGGAAACUGACUUUGGUGUGAUAGUGAAAUAUGAUGGCAAUCACCAUUUGGAGAUCACCCUCCCACGCUCUUACUUCUCACAGGUGCAUGGCAUGUGUGGCAAUUUCAAUGGUAAUCAUGAAGAUGAUCUGUCCUUGACCAAUGGUACAGUUGUCACUGCCCCACAGUUUGGAAAUAGCUGGGAAGUGGAGACAGACAGUGAUAAAGGUUGUUUGCCAGACUUGAGAGAAGAAGAUGAUCCUCCUUGCACUGCUGAGAAUAAACAACUCAUUGAAAGACAGUGCAAUGUUCUAAAAUCAGACAAAUUCAAAGUAUGCCAUAGUCUAGUCAACCCUGAUGACUUCAUAGAGAUCUGCAUCUAUGAUAUGUGCCAGUAUGAUGGUAUGAAGUCUGCUCUCUGUGACAUAGUUCAAGUCUAUGUGGACACCUGCAAGAAUCAUGGAAUCAUCAUUAAAUGGAGGAACAGCACAUUCUGUCCACUGCCCUGCCCAUCCCGGAGCCACUACAAAGACUGUGUCUCUGCCUGCCCAUCAACAUGCAGUGACAUUUUUGCCUCUUCCCUUUGUGAGAAGACAGAAGAGUGCACAGAGGGCUGUGAAUGUGAUGAUAAUUAUGUGCUCAGCAAUGGCAACUGUGUGCCCCUCAGCAGUUGUGGCUGCAGGGAUGAUGACAACAAUUACUAUGAAGCUGGGGAGACAUGGAUAACUCCACAUUGCACCAGAAGAUGCCAGUGCCAGAAGAACGGUGUCAUCAGUUGCAAGAGCUAUAGCUGUGAUUCUAGAGAAACCUGUGUGAUCAAAGAUGGAAAACACAAGUGCAAUCCAACAGGUUUUGGGAGAUGCCAGGUCAUGGGUGACCCACACUACAUCACCUUUGAUGGGCUGGUGCACCACUUUCAAGGGAAAUACACAUAUAUUCUGGCUCAGACCAUCCCUGACCUACCUGACACUCUGACACAGUUCAGCAUUGAAGGCAUGAACUAUCCUUUGCGAGGAAGUCGACACAUUACUUACCUGAAAGAGAUGCUCAUCAAUGUUUACAACCACACAGUGCGAUUCAGACAGAACAAGCAGGUUCUGUUGGAUGGUGUGAGGGUGAGGCCCCCUGUUCGACCCCAUGAAGGUAUUCGUAUAUAUCAGAGGGCAAGAAGAAUUUACCUGGAGACAGAUUUUGGCUUAUACCUGAGCUUUGAUGGCAAUCAAAAUGCAGACAUAAAGCUGGCUACCUCCUACAAAAACAGAGUGGAAGGCUUGUGUGGUGACUUUGAUGGGAGACACAGAAAUGAUUUCACAAAUCCAGAUGGUGUUUGGGUGAGGAACGUGAAUGUAUUUGGUGAAAGCUGGAAAGUUCCUCUGAAAAGAAGCUCUCGUCUCAGACGAGAUGUCAUCUCAGAAAAUGAGUCUGAGGAGGAACCAGAUCCAGGGCUUUUCCAAGGCUGCAACGAAAAUCAGCUGGAGCAGCAAAACACAACUACAAUGUGUCAAAUCCUGACUGAGUUGAAUGGUCCUUUUGCCAAGUGUCAUUCCACAGUCCAACCAGAUUUCUAUUUCACGAGCUGCCUGUUUGAUAUGUGUGUGGAAGAAGAUGAAGUUGCUACCUUGUGUCGCAGUCUGGAGGAAUAUGUGCUGGCUUGUCAGCAGCAAGGAGUCAGCAUGGAUGGCUGGAGGCAACAGACAGGCUGUGGCAUAUCAUGUCCUGCCAACAGCAAGUACAGCUCAUGCAUGUCUGCAUGCCCAGCAUCCUGCAACGACCUGACCAGCCCCUCUCGGUGUGAAUCACCCUGUGUUGAAGGCUGUGAAUGUCUCCCUGGUUAUGUUCUUAGUGGCUUUGACUGUGUGCCUUACAAACAGUGUGGCUGCACAUACCUUAACAAAUACUAUGAGGUUGGAGAAAUAUUCACCACUGAUGACUGCUCUCAGAGAUGCCAGUGCACAGAAAGUUCCACUGUUUUCUGCUCUGAGAUAGUGUGUGGGUUUGGUGAAAUCUGUGGCAUUUCAAACUACAGUCGUGGCUGCUACAGGAGUGGCCCAUGUAUGCCAAAUCCUUGUAAGAAUGAUGGCAUUUGCUCUGAAGCUUCCAACAGCACCUCCCUCCACUUGUGUGAAUGUUCAGAACUCUACACAGGACCAAACUGUGAGGCUGAAAAAAUAGCUGAAGAUCCUGACACAGAGGAUUCGGGUCACACAAUUGCCAUCGUCGUUGCAGUUGUGGCAGGUGUAGCUGUUAUUGUCAUUCUCAUCUCUUCUACAGUGUACCUGUUCAGAAGGAAGAGAAAGGUGGACACAGUUACAAUAACAAGGGAUUCCUCUUUGAAAUGGCCCAGGGAUGAAUCGGAUGCCAGAGUACGUGAGCAAGAUUAUGGCUGCAUCGUGAACAGUGCAUUUGAUCAAAAUGAAUCCCCAAAUACACACCUAUAGUUAACAAUA